ACUUAUUUGUGUUGUGUUGGGUCAGUCAGUAAAUAGUUCCACUUUUUCUACCUACUUCAAGUUGUGCCAAACUUUGUAAAAAAAAAACUGACAUUGUUUACAACUACAGUAGGUUAUUUAUGACUUUAGCAUUUAGACGACAGAUGCAUAUUUUUGCUAAAAAGUGAGCCUUUAUCCGUCGAUGUUCUAUUUGAAGAUUUCCAUCUCAUGGUCUCCAGACCGUGCUGCAUGGAUCCUAACAGUUCCGACUCGUAAGCGAUCGAUGCUCGGCAGGGCAAAUGAAGGAUCGCUCAGGACCUGAAGCAGAUGCAAUGCUUCGAAAGAUGUUGACUACUGAAGACGGAUCUCCGACCAUCCACACAGCCAUGGUACCUGAUGAUGUACUCCAGAUUCGGAAAGUUAUCACUGAAUGGUGCGCAUCUGGGAUGGAUUUAAUUGUAACAACAGGAGGGACAGGCUUCUCGUCUCGUGACGUCACGCCUGAAGCCGUUUCGCCUUUGUUGGAUCGAAGAGCUGACACUAUGGCAGCGGUCAUAAUCAACCAAGGAAUGCUCGUUAGUCCUUUAGCACUGUUAUCUCGGAUGGUGUGUGGGAUACGUGGUCGUACUUUCAUCAUAACGUUGCCAGGCUCUGCAAAGGCCGUUCGUGAAUGCCUUUCUAUCCUUGAACAGGGUCUUCCUCAUGCAUUAAAGCUUAUCCGAGACGACGAAUCAGAAAUCAAAAAAAUUCAUUGCAACAACGAGGAACCUACAGACGAAUCUGGUGUGAAGGUUGAUAAUUCGAUUGUUGGACGCGCACGUCAGUCACCCUUCAUAAUGGUCGACAAAAAUGAGGCUUUAAAGCUAGUCGAGGACAUCAUACGGAACAAGAUACUUCCCUCACUCGAAGAAGAAAUCUUUGGCCCAUCUGAAGCGCUUGGACGAACCUGUACGAAGGACGUUGUAGCUAAUGAUCCGUUUCCAUCGUUCCCUGCCUCGAUUAAGGACGGGUAUGCAGUUCGUUGCGGGGGCAGUCUGACGCCCCGUGUCCACGAAUACGCUGCUACGGCUGGAGCUCGAGCGUCAGGAACGUCACUGAAAGCUUCCGCCCAACUUGUUGAUGAGUACUGCUGCGUCCGCAUUUCGACAGGUGGGGUAGUACCUCCUGGUGCUGACGCCGUUGUGCAGGUCGAAGACACUAUGCUCCUCGAUAGGGAUGAUUUUCGUGAUAAGGAGCUUCGGAUUGAGUUGAAGAAAAGGCCUGUUCCGGGUCAGGAUAUUCGGCCAAUAGGAUACGAUAUAGCCCGAGGUCAUCUGCUUUUAGCGAAAGGCGAUCGGGUUAAUGCUGCAGCUGUCGGCACGCUAGUUAUGGCAGGAGUAAGCAAAAUCUCCGUGUCGAGACUUCCAACCGUUGGCGUACUUUCUACCGGUGAUGAACUCGACAAAAUGCCUCUUAGCGAUAGCACCAAGAGCCUUGUGGGUCGCAUUCCGGAUUCUAAUCGACCUAUGCUUCUUGCGCUACUCCAACAAAUUCGAGUGCCCACCGUAGACUUAGGUGUCGUUGAAGAUACUAAAGAGGCACUUGAAAAGGCCAUACUUGAGGCAGCCUCGUCCUGUGAUAUCAUCGUGACAUCUGGUGGAGUAUCAAUGGGCGAAAAAGACUUAAUCAAGGCCGUGUUGAAGAAUCUCGGGUAUAAAAUACACUUCGGAAGAGUCAAUAUCAAACCUGGGAAGCCGACGACUUUUGCCACUGAACCGGAAGGUCGAAUGGUUUUCGCUUUACCGGGAAAUCCCGCCAGUGCAUUCGUCAUGUUUCAUAUUUUCGUGCGAUCCGCCCUGAGAGCUUUGGGCGCUGACGUACCGAUACGGACUGCGAAGGCACGAUUGUGCAUAAGGAAACACUGGGAACUAGACCCCCGACCAGAAUAUCUUCGAGGUAAGGCGACAGUUAACCCGAGUAAUCAAAGCCUUGAAGUGCGGCCUACCCUUAUGCAACAAAGCAGUUCAUUGUUGAGUUGCCUAGACGCGGAUGUUUUAAUCGAAUUACCCGGCCGACAGGACGAUCGUAAAGUUGUGAUCGACGGAGAUGUUGUCGACAUUAUUUGGAUCUGAUUAACCCCAUCUCAAAAAGUCCUGAUAUACCGAGAGCGACGUUUGUAGGGUUACACAGAGUGAAAUAUUUGGAGAAGGCUAAUAAUUCUUUUGAAUAGCGGUUGAACCAACCUUGAGGAACUAUUUAAUGACAGACGUAGUUUACUCAUUUCUCGAGUGAUCGAUUUUUCCCCGAAUCAAAUAUCUAGAAAAUUCUAAUGAGACAUAAAUUCGUACAAGUCAUGUAUUGCGCCGUAAGAAACAUUUUUUUUUGUUCUUUUCUUUGUUUUCCUGUAAAAGUAUGUUUUCAAUCCUUCUGUAACUCACAAGCUAAUUGGGUCCCUAGCGGAGGCGAUUACGGCUAGAAGGUCGCUAUACGUGUAUACAUAACGGACGCCUACGUUGCAUACAACUUACGAAAAAAUAAAUUCACGGAAAAUCUAUAUGAGCAGUAAGAGUUCUGCCUAUUCAGUUAAAUACUUG